AUGAAUAUCUACAAAGAAUGACAGAUAUCAAAAGCAUUCCAUUUCUGCAAGAUGUCUAUGAAACAGACUUCAGUGUUUCUCUUGAUACAGCUCAUAUGCUACUUUAGACCUGGAGCCUGUGGAAAAGUGCUAGUGUGGCCCACAGAAUACAGCCACUGGAUUAAUAUAAAGAUAAUUCUGAAUGAACUUGCCCAGAGAGGUCAUGAAGUCACGGUUCUUGUAUCUUCAGCUUCCAUUCUCAUUGAGCCUACCAAGGAAUCUUCUAUUAAUUUUGAGAUUUACUCUGUACCUUUGAGUAAAACUGAUCUUGAAUAUAGUUUUGCAAAAUGGAUAGAUGAAUGGACACGUGAUUUUGAAACACUCUCGAUUUGGACAUAUUAUUCAAAACUGCAAGAAAUCUUCAAUGAAUAUUCUGAUGUCGUUGAAAAUUUAUGCAAAGCACUCGUUUGGAACAAGAGUCUUAUGAAAAAACUCCAAGGAUCUCAGUUUGAUGUCAUUCUCGCAGAUGCUGUGGGUCCCUGUGGUGAGCUGCUAGCAGAACUGCUUAAGACACCUUUAGUUUACAGUCUCCGCUUCUGUCCUGGAUACAGAUGUGAAAAGUUCAGUGGGGGACUUCCACUGCCUCCUUCCUAUGUGCCUGUGGUUCUUUCAGAAUUAAGUGACCGCAUGACAUUUGUGGAAAGGGUGAAGAAUAUGUUGCAGGUGCUGUAUUUUGACUUUUGGUUUCAACCAUUUAAAGAGAAGUCCUGGAGUCAGUUUUACAGUGAUGCUCUAGGCAGACCCACAACAUUAACUGAGAUGAUGGGGAAGGCAGACAUAUGGCUCAUUCGAACCUUCUGGGACUUGGAAUUUCCACACCCAUUCUUACCUAAUUUUGACUUUGUUGGAGGACUGCAUUGCAAACCAGCCAAACCACUGCCUAAGGAAAUGGAAGAAUUUGUUCAGAGCUCUGGAGAACAUGGUGUGGUGGUGUUUUCUCUGGGAUCAAUGGUUAAAAACCUGACUGAAGAAAAAGCCAAUGUAGUUGCUUCUGCUCUUGCCCAAAUUCCACAGAAGGUUGUAUGGAGAUUUGAUGGUAAGAAACCAGAUACCUUAGGAUCUAACACUCGGCUGUACAAGUGGAUCCCCCAGAAUGACCUUCUUGGUCAUCCAAAAACCAAAGCUUUUGUAGCUCAUGGUGGAACAAAUGGCAUCUAUGAGGCAAUCUACCAUGGCAUUCCUAUUGUUGGUAUUCCCUUGUUUGCAGAUCAACCGGAUAACAUUAAUCACAUGGUAGCCAAAGGAGCUGCUGUUAGAGUGGACUUCAACACACUGUCAACUACAGGCCUUCUCACUGCCUUGAAGACUGUCAUGAAUGACCCUUUCUAUAAGAAGAAUGCCAUGAGAUUAUCCAGAAUCCACCAUGAUCAGCCAGUGAAGCCCCUGGACCGAGCCGUCUUCUGGAUCGAGUUUGUCAUGCGUCACAAAGGAGCCAAGCACCUCCGCUCAACUCUGCAUGACCUUAGCUGGUUCCAGUACCACUCUCUGGAUGUCAUUGGGUUCCUAUUGCUCUGUGUGGUAGCUGUGGUAUUCAUCAUCACAAAAUGCUGCCUCUUUUGUUGCCAUAAGACUGCUAACAUGGGAAAGAAGAAGAAAGAGUAGCAUCAUAAAGGCUGAAGCAGAGCCCUGAGAGAUGCGCCUCUGCCAGCUGCUUCCAGCAGGAACCUGUUGUCAUGCCAGUGCCUUCCCUCUAAAAGAAGAGAGCGUUGGGACCUCAUUGAACAUGGCUCCAAUGAAUUCCCUAUGUUCUGAAGACAUGCAAGAUUUCAUGCCAAAUAUAUAUUCAGUGCUAAAAAAACAAAAUCCUGUGUUCAGUUUAGAAUGUUUGAUGUAGCUGAAAAGCUAUACCCAACAACAAUUACUGAAGCUACUGUGGUUCAUAAAGUUCACAUGGCUUUAUAGCCUUUGCAAAACAUAUCUAUAUAUCAAUAACCUUUUAAAAAU